AGUUUGCGAACUCUUAAGAAGCUUAAAUCGCGAAUAAGUUGUUGAGUGUCCCCCAUAACAUUUCAACUUCCACUCCGUUUUCUCUCCAAGUUUUACCACUCAAGUUUUACCACUCUUCGUUUCUUUGAAAAAUUGUACUAAGUACGUGUACUUUAACGCAUAUCUUAAUCUUCUUCGGAGUAACUAACUACUUAUCGUAGUGCAAGAUGAUGCGUUUUUCUCUGUGCGUCAUGGCGAUGGAGGAAGCCAUGGCUAUGAAGCUGUUGCAGAAACAAAAGAUGGCUCCUGCUGCUGGCGUUGGUGCUGGAGAUGGUGCAGCUGGCGCUGGUGCUGGCUCCCCCGCUGCUGGCGACGCUGCUCCCGCCCCUGCAGAUGCCUCAACUCCGAAGCCUGAUGCGUCAAAAAAGGACCUUGCGGCCAACUUGUUCUUUGCUUUUGAUAUGGAUGAUGUUGUUGUUGAUGCAUCACCAGCCGUGGAGGACCACGAUGAGAUCAGUCCGAUUGGAGGUGGACUGAGUCCCAUAGUUAAGGGUACACCUUUAAGGUGCUUUUCUUACCGCUUUUUAUGCCUCUCUCCCUUAGGAUGAGAAAGGCAUAACAAGCGGGGGAACCCGCGAGCACCAAAAACCUACCUCUAACAUAGGGAAGGUCGAAGGGAUUGCUCACGUUGUCGAUGGUGCAGACGAUUUUCUUGCGGGGUUAGGAGCUCCAGUUGACCAUUUGGUGGCCCCCUUUGACGCCGCUGAUGACGCAGUUUUAGCUUUGGGUGCAGCCUUUGACGCGGCUGCUGAGAGCGAUGAUGAUGAAGGUGAAGAUGACGAUGACGAUGACGAAGAUGAUGCUCGUAUCCCGUUUGGAGAUGGGAAACUGUACCCUGAUGAAUUGACGGAACCGCACCUCGAGCUCUCUCGCGCCGUCCAAGCUUGGUACAAAGAUCGCUGGAACAAGCAGAUUCCCAGUAUUGUCGACAUGUGUGAAGCUAUCAAACCCGGGAACAGAGCCUACGUGCAUUUCAUGAACCAACAUGGGCCUCUAGGCCUGUGGAACGUGGCAACAGGACAACUGAAUCACUUGUCAUUAAGGCUUCUGUUGAUAUAUUUAUAUGACUCAGUCGGGCUGCACGGUCCCCCCCCCUGUGGAUCGCCCUGGGGUGACGCCUGCGCGCUCUUUUCCGCGCUGAUUUUCGCGGAUUCUAGUGGUGGAAGGCGGCAAGACUAGGCGCGGGCGUCUCCUUGCGCCUCUCUGCAUGUUCCUAAGGGGCCGCCUGGCCUCUGCUGACCCUCGCAGGCUGGAGGCCUCUGGGGGAGGAGGCCGCCGAAGGUCUCAAGAGCAAGCAGGCCGAUGACGCAGGGCCCGGAGGGUACAGGCCACACGGCUCAGGGGGUCCAGCCUUGCGCGUUUUGCCGCCUCCGGAAGCCUUCCACGCCCGGCGCGCUGCUGCGGCGGCGAAGGACGUCGGCAGUCUGCAGGGUACUUGCAAGGGCCCUCCGGGUCUCUCGCGACUUCUCUGGGAGCCUUCCAGUCCCGGCAGACGGCUCCCAAAAGGUUUGGGGGCUACCGGCUCCCCCUGCGCUAGGGGGGGCACCGUAGCCCCGAGCCCUGGACCAUAUGUUUAUAACUUGAUGACUAGAGCACAGUUUCGCUUGAAUGAUUCUGCGAUGAUCGAGGCACGUUAAUACAGAUAGACACAGACAACUCAUUGAUGCUAAAGCUCUUUCUAUCUUCGGAGCAAGGUUGUGCAGAAGGGUUGAGCGGCUCGUUCACAUCCAUACAUAGGACCAAGUCAGAGGGUCUCAUUUACUACAGUUAUUACUAGCGAUAGGCCUGCAAACCUCUAGUAUUGAUAUUGAAAGAGAACUUAUAGUGCCGGGGGGCAGAAGCAUAUACAACUCGUAUGAAAAAGAAAAAUUGAAUGGGGACGAUACCGAUCAUACGGAGUCACAUCCCUAAAUUGACUGCUUAGUAUUAAUCCUUCUUAUUAGUCGUUAUUAUUAAGUAGGCAUCCCCGAAUUUUUUAAGUUAAUACAACAAGAAUUUCUAAUCAAAGCCUCGAUGUUGGGAGACAAACCUUAUCGGGCGCAGAAUGUUGGGGACCUCAAAUCGCAAAAAGUUGUGAUGGGCCACCGUUUCGUCUCCCCUCUCCUGAAUCUUUCGCCGCUGCCAGAAGGAGUAUUAAGAUUUUCAUCUUCUUGAUGGCGUUUAUUAUUUUCAUGUAGAUGAUAAAUUUCUUUACGCUUCUUUGAGAUGCGGUAUGAAUUUACAUCCACCAGUAGAUAGGUAGUCCCUUUUUCUUCAUUUUUUCAUUCGUUUCUUUUUUUAGAUAGAGCUCGACGGACUGUGACUGACAUACAUGUUGAUGGCGUUUAUUUCCAUAUACACCUCUCUAAGUCUUAGAUGCAGUCAUCACCUGAUGAUACGAUUCAAGUUCGUGUAAGUAGUUUAUUUUCGUAUGGAGCAACAUAUUCGAGUACCAAGCACUUCAGCAUUAUCUUCACUGUAGCUGUGCGUUUUAGUUUUUAAUAGGGUUGGAUCUUCUUCCUUGGACUAGAGGCUGAAAUAGAACCGCCAGGCAUAGACCCACGUCGAAUCUCCACCACAGUAUCCAAAUAUUCAUUUUACAAUGACUAACUAAUGAAGUGGAUUAAUGACUGACUAAUGAAAGCGGCUACAAUCUAAACAAUUCAUCACUCUUCUUAUUUUACAAACCACCACAGUAUACCUUGUUGACUGAAUCGCGAAGAUUGGCUACAUAUGCUGGAGACGCUGUGUACCGCAAAGCGAAGUACAACAUUGUGGACAUGUUGUUCCUGAAGUUAAGGCCGCUUACCCUAGCAAUUGCCCAUCCUCAGAUUAUCUGAAGAUCUUGGAAAAGCUGUCAGGAGCCCUUACAUUGAUAUUAAUCAGAAGCUGGUCAGCUACAGUUGAAUUAAUCAGACCAAUUGAUUGUUGUCCCAUAAGGGGACAAAAACAGUUCUCCUUGAUCGUCUUCAACAGCUCCAAGAAGACAAGGAGAGAACAGCUCCAAGAAGAAGAAUAUCACCAAGACACUAGCCUGGUGCUCGACCAAUCGUUACUCAGAAGAUGGCUAUUCCAUAAUGUCUCUUGGCUGGUUAUGUUGAACCGCGACAGGGACACACAUGACAUUUUGCGUGAGCUCUAAUGAAGGCCGGCGAAGGAGGAAAAUUUUGCCACUAUCAUCUGGGAGGUAAGGGUGAUCUUUGGACCGUCGAAAAUUCGUUAGGAUACGCCAAUCAUAUUCGGUACUAUUUAUUACUUAUUUGUUCUUGAUGUUGAUGUUCCUUCUCAGUAUACUAGAUUUUUCUCAUGUUCGGGUAAGAAUCUACUUACUUACACCCACUGGCGCGGCGCACUCCUAUUUUUUCAGUGCUUUUUUACUUUUUUUAGUACGAAUCCACCCAGCAUCAAGGACAAUAAGUUGAUCGAUAGAGAAGAUCAGAUCUUCUAAUCUUCAUCAGGAACAAUAAGGCAUUAAUGAGCCACUGGCACUUAUCCCACGCUUAUAUUAUAACUCAUUAUUAAUGAUAUACGACGACAACAACAACAGAUACACGGAGUCCCCACUGCAACCGGUCAUGAACCAGGAUGGGUCUCGUACAGGCAAGUAUAAGUAUGCACCAGGAAAAGAGCUGAAAAGCGUUUAUUACCCAGUCGAACUCAUGAACCAAAUGGUCAGGGUAAUGGAACCUUUACUGAAGCUUGCUCGUCGUGUCAUUCUGGACCCGACUUGGUACGCAGAGCGCGCAGCCGGACUUGUUAUGGACACGGACCUGCAUAAUCCCUUGAAGCAGUGUAAAGAUAUAAUAAGCUUGACAGAUGGGAUUCAUUCAUUGGAUUUCUCUACUUAGCAUAUCUCGUACAGGCGUGAAGAUUGAUAGAGAUUUGAUUUGACAGAUUGGAUUGAUUCAUUGGAUUUUUUCUCUACUAGCUUACCUCGAAGAUCUUGUAUAGGUACACCGCGUGAAUGGGUACAUCACUGCUACUCCUAUGACUAGUAUUUAGCGACUUUAUUUCUCGAAUGGUAGGCACGUGAUCAAUCAAAAAAAUUUAUCAAAGAAUCGUGUAGCUCCAGCUCUAAACUUCAUGCGGAACAGAAGGUAGAUUUGGAUAGCAAGGUGAAUGCAUUUAAAAAGGCUUGGGAGCCUUUGGUGCGUGCGAGACCGCAAACCCGGAAGAUUUGGAGAAAACGUGGAAUGACAAAUUUGCCACUUCGAUCUCGAGCGUCUGGCGCCAAGGUAAAAGCUAAAGCCGCGAACGCUGGUGGUAUGCCUGCUGCUGAUGGUGGUAUGCCUGCUGAAGUUCCACCUUUGCCUUUGCCUGCUGCAGCGGCUGCUGGUGGGGGUGGUGCUGGUGGUAUCUUUUCGACACCUAAAAAGGGGAACAAAAAGAAAAUCAGCGUCCCUUUUCCCCUCGGGGCAGGUGGGGGUGCUGCAGAUUCUCCUCAUGGCGAUCAUCCAGAGCUGCCUGCCUUGCCUGGUUUCUCGACGCCCAAGGGUAAACUCGGCGGUGCUUUUCCAGGAGGCGGUCAUCCAGAGCUGCCUGCCUUGCCUGGUUUCUCGACGCCCAAGGGUAAACCCGUCGGUGCUUUUCCAGGAGGCGGUCUUUCUUCUUUUCUGACUGUUGCCGCCGAUAUAGGUUCUCCUGAUGUUGCCGCUCCUGCAGGUGACUCUUUUGUGCUUCCUUCUACCAUCGAUCUUGGAGAUGCCAUGGGUGCAUUCAUUGCAAGCACUGGCGCUGGCUUUUCAUCUUUUCCCUUGGCGAAGUCGAUGUUUGGGGGUGGUGAUGAUGGCGCAUGUGGUGAUGAUGGCGCAUUCAAAGAAUGGAUUUCCUCAACAAAUGGACAAAUCAUGGAGAAAGCGCCAUCAUCGGUACUUCCUUAAGGAUUUGAUGAAAUGAAAAGUUUUAGUACUUCACAAGAUUAGAUCAUUAUCAUUUCCUCCACCCCAUUCAUUAUAGCAUCCUGCAGUAGCAUCCCGCACUAGCAUCCUGCACUUCUAGCAUCCCUGACUCUUUCAUUCCCCACUGAGACAGAAGUCGGGGAUGUUCUGAGUCUAACGGAUGCAAUGUUGUAGUCAAACCCUCUAACUUCUCUCUCUCACCGAGCUUCCUCCUGCGCUUCCUGUACCGAAAGGGAAACCUGCUGCAGGCCUUGACAUUGCUGAGGCUCCUUUGGCGUCAAUCGCUGCACUCGGAGUGCCUGCAUCACCUCUGCCUGAUGGAGUUGCGGAAUCUUUCUUUGAAAUGGUAGCUGAGCCGCCUGCGACGCCCCCAGUGAUAGCUGAGCCGCCUGCGACGCCCCAAGUGGUAGCUGAGCCGCCUGCGACGCCCCCAGCCAAGCAACCAGUUCUAGAUUUUGAGACGCCCCCAGCCAAGCAACCAGUGGUUACAUCACCUGUGGCACCGCAUGUUGCAGCCGCUGGUGCUCUAGCAGAUCCCGAGACGCCCCCAGCCAAGAAAGCAAUUCUUGCAUCACCCAAAGCGAUGGGGUUCGCUCUUGCGCCGCCUCCUGCUCCGUUAAGGCAACAUAGGUGAUUUUGUACUCGGUGAUUUUGUAGAGAAAAGCACUUCAUCUUUUUACCAACUACUUUGUUUCUUGUUCUUGUUCUUGAGUAGAUCAAGCUAGCUUAGCUAUGAAUUCCACUGGGCUCGCUUAGGGCUCCACUGGAAUUCAUAGCUAAGCUGUUCCUACAACUGUAAUCUGAUGAUAGUACUAGGUAGAAGAUCUAGAUAUGGCUGGAGAUAGAACCAUUCUAGCUCUUCUAACAUUGCUCCUCGUCGCCGAUCGCCGUCGUCAUGUUGAUUUUCCUAUAGAAGAUUCUCCGGAGGAUGACGACGACGAUGAGGAGAGGAUUCACAUGGAUGGCGACAUGGACGAAGACAGUUACCCUGGUCAAUGGGACAAUACCCAGAUGAAGCAGCUUGUUUCGCUCUCGCCGUCAGACAGAAUGAGCAUGCCUGCUUAUCACGCAGAGUUGAUCCGAUUGCUGUUUCACAUGUGGGAUGCGCAAGCUCGGCAAACCAGAGUGACAGGUAUUUCACUUACAAUUUUUUAGGAAGUAUAUUAAGUAUUUACAUGAUAGCAGGGUAACACAAUUUCAGACUCCGUUCCUACAGUCAUUAACAAGAAUGGAAUUAGCGGCGUACACAUAACAUAGCCAGAGCAGUUUAUAGCACGCGUGGUGCAUGGAGUAGCAUGGAGCUCAUGGAGCGACGACCCAUAAGGGACGCAAGAGGCGCCCUUUUUAGCUCCAUGCAACUCCAUGCGAUCCGUGCACUCCAUGCCAUGCGAGCCGGCAAACCUUAUAUAUAGACUACUCUGACAUACCGACGAGAGUGCCAGGCUUUGGCCUUCAGUUGUCAAUCAGCUAGGUAGGUAAAAACUGCCCAAAGGCCUGACGUUGGCUUGGGUGGAGGCAAUGACAUGAAAGACUGGAAAUUGAGAGGUAACGUUUUUACGUGAUUACAACAGUGUUGUAUAUUUCUCUCAAACUGAUAUAUAACAGACCACUGAGAGGUACUAGAAAUGAUAUGUGUAACUUCUACAGUACUGUUAUUGUCUAUGCGAUGAAGCAGACGAUAUUGGAACUCUCUACAAUCCUAGGAGUUGUGCGCACUUCUGGGAUUUGAGCAGACAAAAAUGAUGAUGUGAAAGUGGCUACUGUAGUAAGUAGACGCUUUUAAGCUAAAAACAUCUGAAAAAGUGACUAAGUAACCUCCUCCCAUGCUAUUACUAAACUUUUUUUUGCUCGAUGCGUGCAAUGCUGCGCCGCUCUUGUGGACAAACGUAAACUUGCCAGCGUCGCUGGCUUGGCCUACGCCAGACUAGCACUCCCGGUGGGGUUCUUAAGCCGGCGCCCGAAGGGCGCCCCGCAAUUGGAGACGCCCAGCGUCACGCUGGGGGCACAAUUCGGCAGAUCUGGCACAUUUGGGUCGCCCAGCGACCCAGUGUGCCCAGCGUGCCCAGCUCAGCUAUGUUGGGAAGCCUUAUAAACUGUUCCGUAUUUAUAUAAAUUGUCACUCCUAUUGCUACUCAAGACGACUCGUUGCUGAUCAGGAUAAGCCAUAAGUAUGACAACGACAAACUACCAACUGCUCACGUUUUCAGUUGACAUGGUCGACUACGAAAGAAGCCUGUUCGGAGAAGACAAGCGCGAUGAAGCGGAUAAGAAAAUUUUUGAGAGCGCAGAAUAUUUCGGUGCCCCCGAUUUGAGUGCUUACACGAAUCCUCAGGGUGGCGAUCGUGAAGCGCUUGGUGCGCAGGAUGGAGGCGAUGCUCUGCGUCAAAUUUCGGAGAAUCUGGUACUUCUAUCAGAUCUAUCUUUAUCUAUGUAUUCGAUCCUCAUGACGUUUCUAGUUCUUACUGCAAAUUAUGUACACAGUUCGUUUCCUCAUUCUCUCUAAUGAUAUCAGUCUUCAAAAGUAAUGUGUUUGCAGUGGUGAAGUAAGUAAAAGUAUAUCCAGCCAUACGAUGUAUUACGACUUUCGAAUGACCACGUAGUGGAGAAAUUUAUCAGGUUCUAGUAUAACUUAUAGUACUGUAACGAACAAUUGAGGAUUUUUUUUGUACCUCCAAAUUGAAUGAUUAUUUGUUCUUCCCCAGUAAGUAUGCUCGUAAUCUACUUGCGUAAACUCUGCUGUCCUCGUAGUAGAGGCAGAUACGGAGAAGUCGCUGUCGUACCCAUCUAAUCGAAUCUAACCCACCUGCAGGAUGGGCAAGGUGGGCUAGAAGACACCUGGGACGCCUUGUUUCCGACGCGAGAGGCUCACCGUUAUCUCCCGAAAGUGCUGGUGAUCCGCGACGAGAUCUACGAAAAUUUCCGGGAAAAGUACAAUCACGACCACCGGGACAUCCAGCCACCCCCACCGCAGGGACACCUCCCAUUCGAUCUAUCUGUUAAGGCUUUCGUCCCUCAACAAUAUCAUUGGAUCUUUAAUCUCGGUUCUUGCUGUGGGAAGAUUUUCUACAGCCUCUAUCGGGAUCAUCCCUCAGCCGUAUGUACGUGUUGUACCCAAAUGCAAGGGAGACCAUGAUAGUAUAUAUAAGCAGGGAUGACAUGUUAUUAUACGAGGGAUCGACUCCUGGACAGGGAAGAUGAACUGAAAGACAGGAAUAAACUGGGAUGAAUUACUCUAAUUUUGGCUGGAGACAAGCAUGGGACUUGUUGCAAAAAGUUGGCGCCGCGAAAUUGUGUUAUGACGAAGAGGAUUGCCAAACGCAGGUGCGCGGCCUUCGCUUGGGCGAUUCGAUGAGCAUCCAGGUGGAAGCCGAAGUGGUGAUUUCGUGUCCUCCAGAGAAUUCUAUCGCUGCUUUCUACGAAGCCACUAACUUGGAUACUACCAUGAUUGAUCCGACCAUUGAAGCAGUCUUCGAUGAUGCAACUCCUGCGUUACCCCAACUAGGUCGUGAACCUUUGGCGCGGCCGUUUGCAGUAUGGGGAAAGGGUUUGAGCCGUGCACAGUAUAUCGAUCGGGUUCGCGAGAUGCUGCAGUUGACCGAUGCUGAGAUUGAGAUGGCAAAGGGUGGCGACAGUCCGACUCCGAUGGCAACCAUUCCGAGAGUUAGGCGGCCAGGUGCCCUUCCCAUAGGGGUUGAGGUGCAGAAGCGCGAUUUUCGGGGCAAUUUUUUUCCGGUGUUUUUCUCGCGUGAACACCUGGUGUUUUCCAAGCGUAUGCGACGAGUUGUCGGGUUUCAGGUCCCGUCGGGUGAUGCGAACGAUCAGCCGUUUGUUAUCCCCAUUAAGGAAGACGAUUACUACCUCCGAUCAUUACCCUUCCUCUCCCCCUCCUUCCUCCUUUACCUUUUUCCCCUUCUCCAAAACUUAGGAAAUGUUCGGGUGUAUUAGAUUAGUGUUAGUUAUGGAUCUAAUAAAGAUUAACUAAUCCACUAUCGUCUAGAACAAUUACACUACAUUAAAAGGAAGUUCACACAUUGAAAUCCAUCUUGUCCCAAAAUGAUGGUCUUCAUGGUCAUCUUCCUUGUGGUCUCAACAAAAUUAAGUACUCGAGAAAAUGCUUUUUACCUGUCAACAAGAUGAGUUUUUUUGUGACUUCUAACACUGAGGAGCAGUCCGCAGCUGUGGAAAAUUGUCAUGAUGCGUCCAAGUUUUUGCCGGAAGCGAUGACUAACGGGCAAAUUGGACCGGGAUACUUCGAGUCGCCGCUGAUGAUGAAUCGUCUUGGGAAAAACCGUCUCGAAGAUCCGCGACAGAUAAAGAGCGACCCUCGUCACCCACACGGAUAUGAAGAUCCAUUAUUUGGCGAAAAAAAAGGGGAUGAGCAACAGCAAGCCGCACCAGCAGGGUCGUUUGCCCCUGCUCCGCCGCUACCUGGCGGCUUCCUCGAGACAACUUCUGGCUUCGACGAAAGACUUGAAAGUUCUUUGCCUGGGAAAGAUACUUCCUUUUUCCAAGCUGAGAUGGGCGUGGGUUCUACUCCUGCUCGAGAAGGAGAUGGAGGUGCAGCUAAAUACGUGGAGGUUCACAAUGAUGGAAAAAAAGGCUUCUACGGUUAUCGUGUUCCCUCAGCGCUGUCUUUGUCCUCCGCAGAUAUGAACAAGGCCGCGAAGGAAGUUGUGGAGAGCUUGUUCCCCAAUGCUGCAAAGAAAACUGCUUACAAGAUCAAGGGUGGCGCGAAAAAAACCAGAGAGGCCACGAUGACCUUGAUCGAAGCGAUGGAAGAGGAAUAUCAAGGCUUUGUUCAUGGGAAGAUGACCGCUGUGUGGACGAAGAAGUACGCUGCUGAUGUGGGAAGUGCAGGGCAGGCAGAGGCCGAAACGAAAGCAGGGAAGGCUCCGACUUCUCCGGUCGUCCCAGUUGCCAGCUUCCGAAGUGUGUCUUCCACUUCGAUCGCUUCCACCUCCGCCAAGGCUACAGCGAAAGAGGUGAUCCGCCAUAUGUGGCUCUUGGCUCGUGCAUAUGCUGUGUGGAAGAAGUACUAUCAACAUUAUGGCGUGACCCAGGAACAAGGCACAACAGGCGCGACACCAUUGAUCAACCAGUUCAACUUGUGGCUUGCCGAUAUGGAACAACGCGUGGCGGACUUUCAGGAAAAAGAGCGGUCCAAGGCUGUUUUCGCGGAUUUAUUGGUGAAAACGCUGGCUGGCACUCGGAGUGGAGCGAAAGUGGAAGGAUGA